UCCCUCUUUCCUUUCAUAAGUCAUUCUAACUGCUGCUCUCUUUCUCUCUCUAUCUCUAGCAACGAACGAUUUCUCCCUCCUUGGAUUCUUUCCGUAUCGCUUGAAUGGCGGGUAGAGGCAAAACCCUAGGAUCUGGCGCAUCGAAGAAGGCUACCUCUAGGAGUAGCAAGGCCGGUUUGCAGUUUCCCGUCGGUCGUAUAGCCAGGUUCUUGAAGGCCGGCAAGUACGCCGAGCGUGUUGGUGCUGGCGCUCCCGUCUAUCUCGCUGCCGUACUCGAGUACCUCGCCGCUGAGGUUCUUGAAUUAGCUGGAAAUGCAGCUAGAGACAACAAGAAGACUAGAAUUGUUCCACGGCACAUCCAGCUAGCUGUGAGGAACGAUGAGGAGCUGAGCAAGCUGUUAGGCGAUGUUACUAUCGCUAAUGGAGGUGUGAUGCCUAAUAUCCACAACCUCCUCCUGCCAAAGAAGACUGGUACCUCAGGCUCUAAGGCUGCCGAUGAUGACAGUUAAAUUCAUAUUGGAUAACCAUGAGUUUAAAGGAUCCCAAAAGUAUUUCUGCUAAUGUAUUACCACUGUGAGAUUUAAUAUAUUCCUCGUUUGUUGGUAAAAUUUUAUGUUAGGAUUCGAGGCUUUUGUGCUUGUGAAGGUGUAGUUGUGGUAGUUAGGUUCAGUUAGAGAUGUGAAUAUACUCGAUUAUCUUGUAGUUGGCUAAAUAGAAAAAUUGUGGGAAGGAUUCUUUUUCCAUAAUGACGAUUAAUGCAAGAUCUGAAUCCUAAUCACUUUGGUUUUAUCCUUC